CUGUUACUGUAACGCGGACCGGGUCAAGACCUAAAUGAAAUCAGGAGUCAGUGACGCUGGCCUUCUGAUUGUUGAUAUCAGUGCUGCUGCUGUGUAGGAUGUCGAACAAUAUGGCCAAGAUUGCAGAUGCCCGAAAGACAGUGGAGCAACUAAAACUGGAGGUCAACAUAGAGAGGAUGCUGGUGUCUAAGGCUGCUGCUGAACUCAUGGCAUACUGUGAAUCUCACGCCAAAGAGGAUCCUCUGGUCACUCCCGUCCCUUCAUCUGAAAACCCAUUCAGAGAGAAGAAAUUAUUCUGUGUCAUUCUGUAA